CAUUGAUGUACAGCCUCUCUAUAUAAGAAGUCUUCAAAUCAACAAUCGUAAAUAUCAUCAACCACUUCAUUAUCAUCAUUGCACAAACACUCAAUACAGCAGAUCGAAAUCAUGCGCUCCACCCUUCUUACCCUGGCACUUCUUACGGGACCAACCCUGACUCGCGCCCAAGGACAGACAUCUAAUGGGACAUACGAACAAGAGACUCGCAGUCUUGAUGAGAUCUAUCAGGCUGCGCUGGCUGAGGGUGGUGUCGUCACCCUCUGGCAUGGUGGUGACGAGAAGAAUCAGCAGGACUUCUUGAAGCAGGCAUUUGAAGCGCGCUUUCCUAACAUUACCCUAAACGUUACUGUUGAUCUGUCAAAAUACCACGACACCAACCUUGACGUACAGCUUGCUGCUAAGAAUGUCUAUGUUGACAGUGUUAUCUUGCAGACAGUCCACGACUUUCCACGCUGGAAAGCAGAAGGUGCCUUACUUAACUACGCACCUAAAGACUUUGAUAAGGUCUACCCUGUCUUUAAGGACCAAGAUGCUGCGUAUACAGGUCUCUUUGUCCUUGGUUGGUCUAUUCAAAGUAAUACCAACAAGACUGAGACAGUACCAACGUCUUACAACGACUUGACCAGGCCUGAGUUCAAGGAUAAGCUGGUCCUUACCUAUCCUAACGACGAUGACGCGGUCCUCUGGCAGUUUGAUCUUCUCCUGAAAGAUCCUGCUUUUGGUCUUGAAUGGUUCGACGCGCUGCUUGCGAACAAUCCUCGCUGGGUCCGUGGUACCGCCACACCACAGACUCUCCUCAACGCAGCAAACAGCAGCAGCGUAGCCACCUUUACUGCGGGCCACUUCUUCCAGCCCCUGUCAGGCUACAGCAAAGUGCUGCCCACCGAAGGCACCUUUGUGACCUGGGCGCAGACAGGCGCUAUCUUAAAAGACGCACCACAUCCCGAGGGUGCUAAGCUGCUGCACAACUUCCUGCUCAGCGACGAGCAACAGGCGGGUCGUGGGUGGAGCAUUAGGAGCGAUCUGUCGGUGGUGGAGGAGGGUAUCGAGCCAAUCCUUGAGCAGCCUAACACGCGUGCAGCAGAGUGGGCAACGUGGAUGGCUGAUCGCGAGAAUGUAGAGAGGCUGAAGUUCUUUUUUGAGCAAAGGAUUGGUACCGCGCAAGGUCUGAGUCCCCUUGAGGAUGAUUUGUAAGCAGGGGUGACGUACAGCUACAGUUUAGUCGCAGGAGGCUGUGUGUAUUAUGACUGAUACUGUAGCUAGCCGAAAAGUGCGCCUGAACCGCCGAUGAGUUGCC